GGCGCAGGCGCACCGGGCGCGGCUCAGAGGCCGAGGGCGAACACAGCCUAUUCUGCCUCCGCCUCCUGCGGCCGCAUCCGCGCGGGGCUGGUCGGCGGCCCCCCGGACCGCGCUGGGCAGAGGCCCCGCGGGCCGCGCGUCGCCAUGGGCGCGGGCUGGAGCAGCGAGGAGGAGCGGCAGCCACUGCUGGGGCCCGGGCUCGGGCCUGCGCCGGGGGCUGUCUGGAGAAGCCGGGAAGCGGCGGCGGCGGCGCUGCCCGCGGCGGCCCCGGGUCCCGGGCGGGUGUACGGGCGCCGCUGGCUGGUGCUGCUGCUCUUCUCGCUGCUGGGCUUCGCGCAGGGCCUGGUCUGGAACACCUGGGGCCCCAUCCAGAACUCGGCGCGCCAGGCCUAUGGCUUCUCCAGCUGGGACAUCGCGCUGCUCGUGCUGUGGGGACCCAUCGGCUUCCUGCCCUGCUUCGCGUUCAUGUGGCUCCUGGACAAGAGAGGUCUUCGGGUAACAGUGCUUCUGACAUCCUUCCUUAUGGUUUUGGGAACUGGUCUAAGAUGCAUACCUGUAUCAGACUUAAUGCUUAAAAGAAGACUAAUCCAUGGAGGACAGUUGUUAAAUGGAUUGGCAGGUCCAACGGUAAUGAACGCAGCCCCGUUCCUCUCUACGACGUGGUUUUCUGCAGAUGAACGGGCCACCGCCACAGCCAUUGCGUCAAUGCUCAGUUACCUUGGUGGAGCAUGCGCAUUUUUAGUUGGGCCACUGGUCGUUCCAGCCCCCAAUGGGACAUCGCCUCUUCUUGCUUCAGAGACGAGCAGGACCCACAUUAAAGAUCUCAUAGAGACUGUAUUGUAUGCAGAAUUUGGAGUUGUCUGCUUACUAUUUUCUGCAACAUUAGUUUAUUUCCCACCCCGGCCUCCACUUCCUCCCAGUGUUGCUGCAGCUAGCCAGCGGCUGAGUUAUCGGCGGAGCUUUUGUAGAUUAUUAAGCAACAUGAGAUUUUUGAUGAUUGCUUUAGCAUAUGCCAUACCACUUGGUGUAUUUGCUGGUUGGUCUGGAGUUCUGGACUUAAUUUUAACACCAGUGCAUGUCAGCCAAGUAGAUGCUGGCUGGAUUGGAUUUUGGUCCAUAGUUGGAGGCUGUGUUGUUGGAAUAGCUAUGGCAAGGUUUGCAGAUUUUAUCAGGGGUAUGCUGAAACUAAUUCUUCUCCUCCUGUUUUCUGGGGCUACCCUAUCGUCCACGUGGUUCACCCUGACCUGUUUGAAUAGCAUCACACACCUGCCUUUAACCACAGUGACAUUGUAUGCCUCCUGCAUUCUCCUGGGAGUGUUCUUGAAUAGCAGUAUACCUAUAUUUUUUGAGCUUUUUGUGGAAACUGUCUACCCAGUUCCAGAAGGAAUUACAUGUGGAGUUGUCACUUUUUUAAGUAAUAUGUUCAUGGGAGUACUUUUAUUUUUUCUCACAUUUUAUCACACAGAGUUGUCUUGGUUCAACUGGUGCCUUCCCGGGUCGUGUUUGCUCAGUCUCCUCCUCAUUCUGUGCUUCAGGGAAUCGUACGACAGACUGUAUCUUGAUGUGGUUGUCUCAGUAUAAUGGCACGAACGUGAAGGAGUUUAAAAAGGGACUGGAAAUCAUACUGCAUACUGCACAUUUGCUUGGAGUUGCACACCUAACAGGAAAAACAAAAGGAGAAGAGAGAAACUUCACUCAGAGGUUUUGUUAGGUUACAGAUGAUCACAUUCAUUUCAUGACUACUAGGUAAUAACAAUGUGGGACUUAGGGAUACUAGGGGAUUGAAAGACUAUACAAUGGCACACCUGUGCCUGGUUCCGGGGUCGGAAGUGUGGAUAUCUUACACGUAAAGCACUACCUAAAUAAUGUCCUCUAUGUUUUGUGCCAGUGCUGAACUACUGAUUGAUCAUUUGUAAUUAUGGAAAGAAAGAAAGGGUAUUUGUCACAUACCUUACCUAAGUCACAUAUCAGAGUAGGAAGAAAUGCCACUAACUUCUAAAGAAGUUUAAACCCUCUAUCAGAUUUUAAUUAUAAAAUAGCCAAGAGGUCUAUCGAUGAUCAAAAUUAGCCACGUGUACACUACGUUUUUUCUAAUAAAGCCAUUUCUUAUAUGACUCCUUAUUUUUAAUUAGGUCAGAAACCUUUGGCCAUCUUUAUUAUGGUGAACAAGUGCUUCCCACUGACUUCAGAGCACAUACUUUGUGUCUCGAUCUCAACUUAUCCUUGUUUCUGUGAAAUACAAUUUCAUCUACUAGGCUCUUAAAUAAUUAUAUUAAAGGGGACUAAAUGUUCGGUAUAGUCGCAUUAAAUAUUGUAUGAAAAAUGUAAUUCCGUACUGAUUUAGCACUUUGUUAAAAGUGAAAUGACAAAUCACAUAGAACAUUCUGUGUCUUCAUCCUAUAUAUAUAUAUAUAUAUGUAUGUAUAUAUAUAUAUAUGGUGGCAUGGGAUGUAAAGUCCAGUAAAGUCCAGCACCAGCUAUUAUUCGCUAGGGUUGCAGUUUAUUAAAUGACCCUUGUUUGAAAAUAACAAUUUCUAAUGUUGAAACUUC